GUUUUCGCCUCAACCGAUCGCCUAUAAACCCUAAUCAAUGGCGAUUCCUGGCUGCAGCAGAGCUGUUCCUCACUUCAUACGUCUAUAUAAACACUCCUGCAACCACCGUAGCUAGCGUCAUCGCCCACUCGCCGCGGUACGUGCAUCACGAUCGACAGCCCAGCCAUGAAGCCGAGCGCCGCCGUCCUCCUCGCUGCCGUAGUGGCGCUGCUCCUGGUCUCGGCCGUGCGGGGCGGGGACGACUGCGGGUCGCCGGAGUCGGCGGCGCACGACCGCGCGCGGGCGAGGCCGCUCAAGAUCGUGGCCUUCUUCUCCAUCCUCAUCUGCGGGGCGCUGGGUUGCUCCCUGCCCGUACUGGGGCGCCGCGUGCCCGCGCUCCGGCCCGACGGCGACGUCUUCUUCCUGGUCAAGGCGUUCGCGGCGGGGGUCAUCCUCGCCACCGGGUUCAUCCACAUCCUCCCCGACGCGUUCGAGAACCUCACGUCGGACUGCCUGCCCGCCGCCGGGCCGUGGAAGGACUUCCCGUUCGCGGGGCUAGGAGCCAUGGUCGGCGCCAUCGGCACGCUCGUCGUCGACACCGUCGCCACGGGGUACUUCACGCGCGCCCACUUGAACAAGGACCGAGCCCACGGCAGCAGCGCCGCCGUGGUGGACGAGGAGAAACAGGCUGCUGCUGCUGCUGCCGCCACCGCCGCCAGCGAGGAAGCGCACGAGGGACACGUUCACUUGCACACGCACGCGACCCACGGCCACGCCCACGGGUCGGCGGCGCUCGUUGCGGCCGUUGGCGGCGCCGAGGACGAAAAGGACACGAUCCGGCAUCGCGUAAUCUCUCAGGUUCUUGAGUUGGGUAUUGUGGUGCACUCGGUGAUCAUCGGCAUCUCCCUCGGCGCGUCUCAGGACCCGGAAACGAUCAAACCUCUCGUCGUCGCAUUGAGCUUCCACCAGAUGUUCGAGGGAAUGGGCCUUGGUGGCUGCAUAGUUCAGGCAAAGUUCAAGGCCAGGUCCAUAGUGACCAUGAUCCUCUUCUUCUGCCUGACAACGCCGGUGGGCAUCGCCAUCGGCUUCGGCAUAUCGAGAGUGUACCACGAGAACAGCCCGACGGCGCUCGUGGUGGAGGGCAGCCUCAACUCCGUGGCGGCCGGGAUCCUCGUCUACAUGGCCCUCGUCGACCUCCUCGCCGAGGACUUCAUGAACCCUAUGGUGCAGAGCAGGGGAAAGCUGCAACUCGGUAUCAAUGUCUCCAUGCUGGUCGGUGCAGGCCUCAUGUCCAUGCUCGCCAAAUGGGCCUAGUCGGAAGCCGAAAACAUGAAACAGUUUUGCUCCAUGACAUAUGAAUCGAGAGGAUGUUUAUAACUUUAUAUAGACUUAUGUAUAUUGGAUCGUCGAGGUUGAAACGAUGUGAUCUUGGCACAUAUUCUUCAUCACCCCAAACUGGCAAGAGCAUGGUUAAUAAUAUAGCCGGCUGCUGCCUAUAAGGCUAUCUAUAGCUUAUCUUAUAGUUAACAUGUACAAUAUUUGAUUAAAAAAAUGUAUCAUUAUUUUAUU